CGAGAUUCCGCUCACUACAGGCCAAUUGACUGGGAAGAAGGCUUCUACAAAGCUUGAUCCAGCUUGUCUGGGUCCAGCAAGUCGAGUCCUGUCCGCGUCUACAAAGUUCCUCUCUACGCUCCUUUGUCAACUUUCACACAUUGGCUGUUUUCAUCUCAUCCAAUAUCACUUGCCGGCGAUUGGACGCCAAUGUUGCUGACCUGGUUUCAAUCCACUCCGUCAACACUCUCUGGAUCUGACAACUGAGUCGAUUGUUUUCUUUUCACGUCUUUCGCUUGAGCUGUGAACAAUCAUUAUCGAGACCCUACACCAAUUUGCAACAUGGGGCGCCUCAGCUAUCCUCCCCAGGUGGAUAGCCCCUCAAGACAACUCCUUCUCGAUCUCACGCGCGACCUCGAGCAACUGAAGAUUCACAAUACGGAACUAAAGAAAGUCAAAGCCUACGAGCGUCGCUCCUUCUACGAAAGCCUCGAUCGUCUGGACAGCGAGCGCGAAGUCCAGCAUAACGCGGCCCUUGACAAAGUCGCGCAGUUACAUGACCAGGUGUUAGAAGAAGCUGAAGAGACGCUACGCGCCCAUCAACGAGCAGUUGAGGAGGAGAUUCGUCGGAAGGAGAAAGAGGCGCGACGAGAGGCGGAACGUCUGGAGAAGGAGAGACAGGAAAAACAGCGACGGGAGCAAGAGGAGGCUGCCCGUCGAGAAGCCGAGCGCAAGGCUGCCGAGGAGGCCCGAAAGAAGGCAGAGGAGGAAGCAGAGCGCAAGAGGCUAGCGGCACAAGAGGAACAGGAGCGCAAGGAACGGGAACGACGCGCGGAGGAGGAGCGCAAAAAACAAGAAGAGGCAAGGAAGGCGGAACAAGAGGCUGCAGAGCGUCGGGCAGCAGAGGCACAGGAGGCUCAGGCAGAGAGGCAACGCCGGGUCGGUGGAGGCCGCUUGACGGAAGAUGAAGUCAAGAUUCACACCCGUUAUGUGGAACUUCACCAGCACUUGAAGAAGUUCCGGCAAUACCUCAGGAAUGAAAGCAAGACGAAUCCAGUCGUGAAGCAGAACAUGGGUGAUAUUCGGCGAUCCAUCCAGAAGUGUGUUGGACAGCUCCGUGAGACUAAGGGAGGCAACAAAACACAGAUUCAGGAAAUUCGGACAACGCUCGAAAAAGCCUCCUCUAUCGCCGAACCGUCGGUGGAUGUGCGCCAAUUCAUGGCUUUCCCUCCGGCUGAAAUCGCCAACUCCGACGAUAACAAGGUCCCCGCGCUACUGAUUUACGCCCUCAACAUCUUUUCCAAAGCCCUCAUUGCUGGCCUCCUCCAGGAAGCCGGAAUCAACAUUGGACAUGCAGAGCCGAUCGGCAUUGUGGCCGCACAGAUUUUCUCGCUGGACGCUUUCGUCUACAAGGGCCACCACAUGGUGGACAUCCUCUUGGCGAAAUACCGUGUCUUUUGCCCGGCGCUGUGGGGAUUUUGCGGCAGCGAACAAACCGAAGGCGGGCGACGUGCCGUGGGUUGGCGGCGGGAUGGGCCGGACGGGCCUUGGCUCAGUGAACAAGCCCAUGCCGAACGCAUGACUGCUCUCGGGGCCGGCUAUGCCGCCCUCACCCUGCGCAAUUUCGGCAAAACCACGCGCAAGAACCCCUUCCCUAACACCAUGUUCUGGCAAUCGAUGCACAAGAUCCUGUCCAUCCCCGUCGACCAGAUCCAAGAUACUCAUAUCACCCUCUUGACAGCUAUGCUCAAGACCUCCGCCGAGCGGGUCGUGGGUUUCUUUGGACACGUUGGACUGGCCUUAAUGAGACUGGCGAUAGUUGACCUUCCCAGCCAGCUUCCUAAGGAGACCAUGAGUGUGAAACAGUUGAAACUACUCAAGAAUCUCUACCAGCGAGAAAAGAACAUCAUCAUAUGAGCGACGGAAAGCUCAAGGAAAUCUUCCAGCGACCUACAAGCUUCUUUGUUGGAAAAGUGUAGGUUACACACAGCCGGGGCUGUCAGUUUCCAUCGACUACUGAUGCU